GAUGGGGAUGAUGUCCAGGUCAUCGCGCGAAGAGCCCGAGACGACCAGCCUCGCCGGCCCCUGAUAAAGGACAGCUGUGGCCAGGCGGGGGGCGUCGCGCCGCGCCCGCGCCACGCCGGGAGCGGACCGCUUUGUGUGCGCGUUUGUUUGUCUCCGCCGCGGUCCGACCGCGGGCCGCGACCCCCGGGGAGGCGGGGCCUCCUCGCACGGCUCCGCCCGGCCUGGGCUCAGGGCGCCGCCGCCGCCCUCGUUUGUUCCCUGAGAUCUCCCAGCUCCGACCGCUGCGCCCAGCGCCAGGAGAGCCGGACGGGACCGCCCGGGAGCGCCCCGUGGCCUUCCCCCCAAGCACGCCCGCUGCUUGCUUUUCUCCCCGCUUCCUCACUUUCCCUCGUUAGCAGCAUAUCGGCGGGGCGCUUGGCAAAACUCAGACUAAAAACAAAAAAGAGAAAAGGACAAAUUCGAUGCACCAGUCUCGGACCUCCAGAGUUUGUAAAGGGUCGUAAGCAUGUCGGAGUCGGGGGAGAUAAGUGAAUUUGGCUACAUCAUGGAAUUGCUAGCCAAAGGCAAGGUUACCAUUAAGAAUAUCGAAAGAGAGCUCAUUUGCCCAGCAUGCAAGGAGCUGUUUACCCACCCAUUGAUUCUCCCUUGUCAACAUAGUAUCUGUCAUAAAUGUGUAAAAGAACUCUUACUGGCUCUUGAUGAUUCAUUCAAUGAUGUGGGAUCAGACAACUCCAAUCAGGGCAGUCCUCGACUUCGGCUCUCCUCCCCUAGCAUGGAUAAAAUUGACAGAAUUAACAGACCAGGCUGGAAGCGCAAUUCAUUGACCCCUAGGACAACGACUUUUCCUUGUCCUGGCUGUAAACAUGAUGUGGAUCUCGGAGAGCGAGGAAUCAAUGGUCUGUUUCGAAAUUUCACUUUGGAAACUAUUGUUGAAAGAUAUCGGCAGGCAGCUAGGGCGGCCACAGCCAUUAUGUGUGACCUUUGUAAACCACCACCUCAAGAAUCCACAAAAAGCUGCAUGGACUGUAGUGCCAGCUACUGCAAUGAAUGCUUUAAAAUCUAUCAUCCAUGGGGUACAGUAAAAGCUCAACAUGAGUAUGUAGGCCCAACUACUAAUUUUAGACCCAAGAUUUUAAUGUGCCCAGAACAUGAAACAGAGAGAAUAAACAUGUACUGUGAAUUAUGUAGGAGGCCAGUUUGUCAUCUCUGUAAGUUGGGUGGUAAUCAUUCCAAUCACCGUGUAACAACUAUGAGCAGUGCCUACAAAACCUUAAAGGAAAAGCUUUCAAAGGAUAUCGAUUACCUUAUUGGUAAGGAAAGCCAAGUGAAGAGUCAGAUUUCUGAACUAAAUUUGUUAAUGAAAGAAACAGAGUGUAAUGGAGAGAGGGCUAAAGAAGAAGCAAUUACACAUUUUGAAAAGCUCUUUGAAAUUCUGGAAGAGAGAAAAUCAUCUGUUUUGAAGGCAAUUGAUGCUUCUAAGAAACUAAGAUUAGACAAAUUUCAGAGUCAAGUGGAAGAAUAUCAGGGACUUCUAGAGAACAACGGGCUUGUGGGUUAUGCUCAAGAAGUGCUUAAGGAGACGGAUCAGUCUUGCUUUGUACAGACGGCAAAACAACUCCACCUCAGAAUACAGAAAGCUACAGAAUCUUUGAAGAGCUUUAGACCUGCAGCUCAGACUUCUUUUGAAGACUAUGUUGUUAAUACAUCUAAACAAACAGAACUUCUUGGAGAAUUGUCCUUUUUCUCUAGUGGUUUAGAUGUGCCAGAGAUCAAUGAAGAACAGAGCAAAGUUUAUAACAAUGCCUUAAUAAAUUGGCACCAUCCGGAAAAGGAUAUAGCUGAUAGCUAUGUUCUUGAAUAUCGCAAGAUUAAUAGAGAUGAUGAAAUGUUGUCGUGGAAUGAGAUAGAAGUGUGUGGUACAAGUAAAGUUGUUUCAGGUCUUGAAAGCAAUAGUGACUAUGCUUUCAGAGUGAGAGCCUACAAGGGUUCAAUUUGUAGUCCUUGCAGCAGAGAGUUGAUUCUUCAUACUCCUCCAGCUCCAGUUUUCAGUUUUCUCUUUGAUGAAAAAUGUGGCUAUAAUAAUGAACACCUCUUGCUGAACCUAAAGAGAGACCGGGUAGAAAGCAGAGCUGGAUUUAAUCUUCUCCUUGCUGCGGAACGUAUCCAAGUGGGUUAUUACACAAGCUUGGACUACAUUAUUGGAGACGUUGGAAUUACAAAAGGGAAAUACUUUUGGGCCUUCCGUGUGGAACCAUAUUCAUACCUGGUGAAAGUGGGAGUUGCUUCAAGUGAUAAACUUCAAGAAUGGCUCCGUUCUCCCCGUGAUGCAAUUAGUCCAAGAUAUGAGCAAGACAGUGGUCAUGACAGCGGAAGUGAAGAUGCCUAUUUUGAUUCUUCACAACCCUUUACCUUAGUUACUAUAGGCAUGAAGAAAUUUUUCAUACCCAAGUCACCUACUUCUAAUGAACCUGAAAAUAGAGUUCUUCCCAUGCCAACAAGUAUAGGGAUUUUCCUUGAUUAUGAUAAAGGUAGAGUGAGUUUCUAUGAUAUGGAUCACAUGAAAUGCCUUUAUGAGCGCCAAGUGGACUGUUCGCAUACCAUGUAUCCAGCAUUUGCUUUAAUGGGCAGUGGAGGAAUUCAGCUUGAAGAACCCAUCACAGCAAAAUAUCUAGAAUACCAAGAGGACAUGUAGUGUAAACAUCUGAUGUGACUUCGGAUGACAAAUGUGAGCAAAACAAUGCCUUGGUGUUGACUUCGUAACUAAUUACAUUUCAUUAAGUAUUCUGUCCACCACACUUGUUCUUGUGUAUGAUUCUUCUUAAAACACAGAAAACCUAAACAGCCUUGUCUCUUCCAUGUCAUUGUUCCGCCUUUCACAAACAAUGGGAGUGCCUGGUUAAUUCUGAAAUGUUAACUUUGCAACUGGAUUAUGGUAUUUCUCUUUAUGCACAGGAAGUCUAAUUUAUUUAUGUCAGCUGGGAUGCUGAUACAUCCCUUUUUCUGGGGGUGGGUGGGAAUAUAAAAGUAUUUAUUAUGCUUCUUUUGUGUUUGGUUUUUCAUUUUUAUAUCAUGUUUAUGUCCUAAGAGAAGGUAU